AUGGAGUACACCCUGCUCGGCGACAGCAUCACGGACGGUCUCUUCGCUUGGAUGGCCUUUGGCAUCAACACUACCCUGUCCAACUCUGUCACCCCCGCUGCCUUCCACUACGCCGAGGGUGGUGUUGCCAACGCCAACUCCGGUGCUGGCGGUGCCGGCGGCUCUCCCCCUAAUGGCACUGCUCCCGGUGGCUCUGCUCCCGACGCCGCUUCGUCCAGCGCUGCCGCCUCCAGUGCUGCCUCCACCGAUGCCGCCUCGUCUUGUUAA